UGAUGACAUCAUAGACUUCAUAGACAUGUAUUGAAAACAAACAAACCUUUAAUACGUCUUCAAAAUGACAACAAAUCUCUAGUUUUCGUCCAUUUUUGACGUCUUUUCCAAUCUCUGACCACUUCUUCACUACUUUCCGAUCAAAACAAAGCAGUUCUUCGCGCGCGAUGUCCUCCGCGUCGGACAACUCGUCAUCGGGAGAACCGAAGCCGUCGACGUCGAGCACUUCGGGUGACCAGAGCUCAAACGACGCCAACUUUGAGUGCAAUAUAUGUUUGGAUUCUGCGAAGGACGCCGUCGUUAGUCUUUGUGGACAUCUUUUUUGUUGGCCGUGUCUUCACCAAUGGUUGGAGACGAAGCCUUCUCGUCAGACGUGUCCCGUUUGCAAAGCCGCCAUUUCUCGCGAUAAAGUCAUUCCACUUUACGGUCGCGGAUCAGCCGAUAAAAGAGAUCCAAGAGAUCGUUUGCCUCCUCGACCUCAAGGACAACGAUCUGAACCCGAAUACAACGCCCAGUCAUUCCCGAACUUUGGUUUCGGUGACGGCGGUUUCCACAUGUCGUUCGGAAUCGGCGCCUUUCCCUUCGGUUUCUUUGCUUCGACCUUCAACUUCGGCGACGGUCGACCCGCUCCGUCACCGCACAGUCCCGAGUUUGCCGAAGACCAGUUCCUGUCGAAGGUAUUCCUUUGGGUGGCGCUUCUCUUCAUUAUUUGGCUAUUAUUGGCAUAAAUUCAGUGAAAAUCAAAGAAAAUCAAAGAAUUCGUCAAAUUUUAAGCCAAACUUUGAAAACUGUUUUUAAUUUCUUUUAUAACUCUAUUAUACUCUAAAAGACGUACUUUUUUGUAAUUUCAACAAUAAAGACGUAUUUUAUGGACCGAACCGUGACUUCCUUUUCCUCAAUUCAUAUAUUAUUGUCUUCGCGUGUAUUCAACACUUGAACAACACUUUAGUCUCGAGAGUCUCUGAUUUUGUCCGC